AGUCGCAGUCAGACGAUCAACCAAUUCACACGUUUCUCCAAUCCCAAAUAGGUUCGUGAUAUUUAGUGACGUAAUCUCCUUGCGCGAUGUGGGAUGACGUAGUGGAAGAAACUCCAGCUCCAGCCGCGCCGGCAGCAGAAGCACCUGCCGGUGAUGCACCUGCAGCAGACGCAUCUGCCACUGACGCAUCACCCGAAGUUGCGGAGCCUCCUCCACCUGAGAACACUUCAAGGAAUGAGCCAAGACGCCUUGUUUUCAAACACUGGACCAGGCCGAAAUUCCUUCAGUACAACUACAUCUAUGAUUAUCAACGUAACUAUUAUGACGAUGUGCUGUCCUACCUUGACAGACGUAACAAAGGUUUACCAGUAGAGAGGCCACGAGCGCAAACUUGGGGCGAACGUGCUCUCAGAACCUACCUCUCAAAAGACACCAGCUACAUGUCCAGGACGUAUAACAAAGAUACAACCCUCCUGCACCAUAUUUCUACGGGCGCCCGUUUCCAGCGUUACCACAGCAAGGCUCGCAUUGCUAGGAAGUAUUCCAAUCUCGGAUUUACAAUAGUAUCUAUCUAGCUUUGCUUUGAAUCCCUCGCUUGACCUUGCUUCGCGGACGUCGAUUCAGUCUACCAGCGUGACCUAUUUAUCGAUGUUACAGGAUUUCAUUGGCGUGAAUCAACUUUCGCUGAGAGCCGGCAAGCGUUUCAAGUACCAUAAACACCUAAUCGAAGAAUUCUUACUUAUAAAUAUACCACGAUUGAGAAGACAAUAAAUAAUAAGUUUU